AUGUACUUCUCAACCCGCCCAGCCCUCGCGGCCCUCCUCGUGGCCGGCGGUGCCGUCGUCCAGGCGUGCCCACCCAAGCAUCACCAAAGCAGCAGUGCGGCAGCAGUAUCCUCUUCCACAGUCUCGAUUGCGGCCAAGUACUCGGCAACCUGGACAUCCGUCCUCGUGGCUCCAACGACCACCAGCGCCGUUGUCGUCCCCACCACCACUUCGAGCAGCAGCAGCAUCGUCGUCGUGACCACCAGCGCCACGCCCUCCACCACCAGCAGCGCUGCCGCCGCCUCCUCGACCGCCAGCUCCGGCCUCACAUCGGACCAGUCAGCCGCCCUCGACACACAGAACGGCGCUCGCUCGGACGUGGGCGAGACGGCGCUGACGUGGAGCACGACGCUGGCCAGCGAUGCCCAGAGCUGGGCCGAGCACCUCGCGUCGCUGGGCUCGCCAGGCGACCUGGUGCACUCGAGCGGCACGGGCCAGGGCGAGAACCUGUACUGGCAGAGCGAUGCCAGCGACCCUUAUGCCAACGCGGCGACCGCAUGGGUUGAUGAGAAGAGCUCGUAUAGCGGGGAGGCCAUUGAGGACGACAGCGCGUUUGAGAACUAUGGGCACUACACCCAGAUCAUCUGGUCCAGCACCACCGAGGUCGGGAUGGGUAUCGCUUCGGACGGCGCGGGUGGCUACUAUGUCGUCGCUCGAUACACUCCCGAAGGCAAUGUCAUCGGCGAGACACCCACAACCUCUUGA